AUGGAGGUACUGAAAAUGGAGCCUUUCCAUUUUGACUAUUGGAUGCUCUCAUUGGUGCGAUGGGCACCUGCGGUCAACCCAACAUAUCCUUCGGAGAUCAUGUUCUGGGUACGUAUCGUUGGUGUACUGCUGCACUUCUGGGCUGACGUAACCUUCGAAAGCAUUGGAAAAGCUCUUGGGGAUGUCAAAAAAGUCAAUUUGGACGAAGGAAAUGUACAGAUUGUGAUUGAUGGUCUACAACCCUUAUGCUUUGAAACCAUGGUGGAAUUUCAAGGAGGAGUGAAAACAACGGUCUACCUGCGAUAUGAGAGGCUGUUCUGUUUUUACAAAAUUUGUCACAGCCUCUGCCAUGAUGAACAAAGGUUUCCAAGCAGACCUGACUCUACAGAGAGGAAAGUGAGGGAGGAUUACAAUGACGAGCAUCGAAACGGUCAAGGAGCUGCAUCGAAUAAAGCUGCAACGGUCCAUGGCAAUGUGGGGAACAAAGAAAAUGUGAAAAAUGGUAGCUCAAGUGGCUCGUACAGUGGGCAGAACAAGGGGAAAGGCAAGGUUUAUGAGGAGGACACACGACAAUACAGAAGCCGAGGCGGCAAAAAAAACGGUGAAGGUGUCUUUAGACUUAAUAGACCUUCUGGUUAUCUUCCACCAAAGGAGAUGAACCAGAGGGGUUCAGCUAUAUCACCAGUAGCAAGAAAAUCUGGGCAACAAGAAGUGAGUGCAAAGCUAUCGGUUACUGAGGAAAUUAUGGUGAAAACAACCCAUGGUGAAGCAGAUAUGGUUCAGCACGUGGUGGAGAAUUUGAAGGAAGAUGGGGAAAAAGGAAAGCAGCAAGAGAUUGAGGUCAUGAAGAAGGUUGGAAUGGUGGAAAAAUCUGUGCGAAAGGGCAUAUCCUUUCAAGGUGAUGGUAUGAUUUCUCAUGAAUCUGUGGUCACCAAUAUAGAGAAAAACGAGGAAUUAAUUCUGCAGGAUAUUGGGAAUAACAUCUCAAUGACUGAUGAAGAGAUAGUAACGGUGGAAAAAGAUAAGGUGGAGGAAGGUUUGAUUCAGGAGGAAGGAGAGAUUCUCAAGAGCACAGAAGUGAUGGGUACGAGAGUAAUAGAGGAUUUAUCUCAUACGGAUGUUAUGGCUGUUGAAACUUCGGAGAUGGUAAAGGAGACUGAGCCCGUGAAAAACAGCAAACCAGCGACAAAGAAGAAACAACCCAAGGUCAGCCCACAAUAUCAUGGCGCAUUGUCAAAGAAAAGGAUGAUUCAGAAUCUAGUAUCCCCUCGAAAGAAACAAGUCACCAAGAUAACCACUUGGGAAAAUGACGGGUCAGCGUCAGGUGCUCCAAAGGGACCAUCAAUCUCGACGGGAGAGCAUCAAUCAUCAAGCACUGGUUAG